AUGCUGGGAAUCCUAUGCGUUCCCUUCACUUUUUUGCGAUUUCGAUGUCCGCUAAUUGGUUUCGCUGUUAAAGUAGGGAAAUUCGGUGCUGGAACAGCCACAUUCAGAUGGCUAAGUUUGCAUAAGGUCCCAGAUUUUGAGUUGGCUGGAGCACGAUGUAGAGCAGAUCCAGAUGUAGCUCGUCGACGCGUACUCAUCGCUGUUAACCUAAAGUUAGAAGAAGAAGUGCUGAAAAUGAUCAAUAUUGGAAGUAGUUAUAAUCUUCCCUGA